AUGUCACAUCUCAUGCAGGACCCUAGUAGAAAUCAAAAUCAUCCUUCAAGUCCAUCUCCAACAGUAUCUCCAAUCGACUCAAAUCAGCCAUCUCAGCAUGUAAGCUUUUCAAACCAACCCACUCCUCACAUAUCUAUGGUUCAAUCAUCCCAAGACAAAUUUUUUCGUUCCUCAAAAAAUCAAUCCCCUUUACCAGGCAAAAGUCCUCACUCCCCCCCCUCGAAGUUCGACCAAGAUAUAGGGAAAAUUCCUAUUUUUUUGGAAAAUUAACCCCCCUCAAAGUUCGACCAAGACCUAUAUAAAUUUACUAGGAAAAUAAGCAAUUUUUCAAAAAAUUAUAAACUAUGUGGGGGGUGAACUUGCGAUUUUUGUAUUCAAGUUUUAAAAAAGCGUUACAAAACCAUCUUGCACUAUUUUUUCUAACCCUUACACCUCUCAACCAUACAGAAGAAUAUGAUAAGUAUUUUUUGUUUUUAACUACUAAAUUAUAUAAAAAAAAUUCUAUAUAAUUUUUUUAAAAAAAUUUUUCUUAACCCCCCUCGAAGUUCGACCAAAAAAAUCUUGGUCGAACUUCGAGGGGGGGGAGUCAGCUUUUAAAAACAGCCAAAACCCAAUUGAAAACCAGAAAUUUUUCGUCAUUAAAUGAUAAACAAAAAACAGAGGCCUACUAUGAUUUAUAUGAUAGGAAUCUUGAAUUAAAGCAAAUGGAAAAUGAAUUAAAAGAAAGAAUUAAGCAGCUUGUUACACAACUGACAAAAUUGACAGCUGAUAUUAAAUAUGAACGAACUCUGCUAGAAGGAGGGGAAAAUAGUGAAGUGAAGCUAAUUAUUGAUGAUUUAAAUAGCAAAAAUCAAAAAUUAAUGCAAGAAAAUAACAACUUAAAAUCAAAAAUUAAAGAAUUAUCAAGCAAAUCUUUGAGAGGGGCAAAGCAGCCAAGUGGAAAAAGUGUAAAGCUUUCAUCAGAGAAAACAAUGACCCUUCAGCCUGCAGUUAUUGAAAAACAAAAGAGACUUGAAGAAAUUAUUGUAGAAAGAGAUUCCUUAAUUCUCAAGCUAAAAGAGCAGCUUCAAAGCUCAGAAGAAGUAAUUUCACAGCUGAGAAAUGAAAAAUUAGCUGUAUUAGGAAAGAUUCCAACAGAAAAAAUGUAUAAGCUCUCUGAUUUCGAAGAAAAGGUUGAGACAUUGACUGAAAGCUACGAAGCCCAGUCAACUUAUCUAGAAGUAGUAAAGCAGAUGCUUGAAGAAUCUGAAGAGCUUUUAAGAAAAGAAAAACUCACCUCUUUUGAUCUAAGUCUAAAAGUCAAAGAGCUUGAAGCAAACUCAGUUAAAGAACCUUAUGAGCUAAAAAUCCAAGAGCUGACACAAGAAAAAAUUCAGCUCGAACUAAAAAUAAAAGAACUCUGCGACACCCCAAUCAUCAGAGACGCAAAAGGAUUAUCAGAUACCACUUAUAAUAUUUUGGAAAACGAAAUCGUAGAAAGGCAUAAAUUAAUAAUCCAGUACAAAACCAGAAUAUCAGAAUUGGAAAAUGAGCACAUAAAGCUUAAUGAAAUGCUAAGACUUGUACAAGCAGAAAGGAAUAAGCUAAAAGAAGAAAACCUUAUAUUGGCUUACAAUUUGGAAAAAAGAGCGAAAUAUGUAGAAGAGUUUGAGUCCAAGCUUGUUUGGCUUGCAAGGGACAACGAUACUGAUGCUUUUAUGAGAGCUCUUGGGAUGCUAAAGCUAGGACUUAAUGGAAAAGAAUGGCCAGUCGUAGAACCUUUUGAAGAAAACUCCAAGCUGAAGCAAGAAAAUGAAAAGUUGACUGUCGAAAAAGGAGAAAUUGCAGCUGAACUCAAAAAAUGCCAAAAUUUGUUAGAAUUGAGGGAUCAGAUUGAAAAUGAAAAAGUUUCAUUAAUUCAGUCAGAAAAUGAGAAGCUUAACUGCUUGCUGAGGUCUGCUCAAAAAAGAAUAGAUGAGCUUAGCAGGCUUGCUGAGUACAGAGGAAGUUUAGCUUCUCGUGGCAGCCAAGAAAUUCAAAGGAAUUUUGCUAUGGAAUCUUAUGGGUUUGGAGCUGGGUUUAAAGAGGAUGGCAGCGAAGUAGGAGUUGGACAGAAUAUUUUUGAUUUGCUCAUUGUCGAUGCUGAAUUUUAUAAUAAAGCAUUAGAAACAGAUGGUAUUUCAUUUUGAAAUAAACUAGUCACAUGUCUAUCAGUAGAUUUCUACGAUCAUGAAACACAAAUAACAUCUCUAUGUGAAGGGCUUCAGCCAAAAUACGAUAUCCACAUGAGUUUUCUGAUAAGUAUGGACCAAUUGUUCUUAAGGUAUUUACAUGAAGGAUAUGUUGUAAUAGACGUCAACAUUGUUAACAGAGACAAAUUUAUCCCUAUUGCGAAGGCUCAAAUACCUCUAUUGAAUUUAUUAGGUUUUUCAAAACCUGAAAGUAACAGAAGAGUAAUUGAAUCCGCUUGCAUUUUAACUAGCUGACAGGAUGAUAAGAAAACAUUAGGAGGACUGAGAUAUAAAAUCAAAAUGAGGCACCCUCUUAACGAUUUAUAUGCAUUAGAGCAAACCGGAGUUAUAGAAAACCCAAUAACUAUCAACGCAACCAAAGCCAUGACAAAUCAGCAAUCUUUGUACUAA